UAACACAUUUUUUCCUUCAGAAUCCUUGAGAAAAUACAUGAGGAAGAAGUGAUUUGACUUUCGGUUAUAUUGGGGGUAGAUGACAUAUUGAGAUACCCAUAUCAUCCAGAAGAAGUCAAAAUGAUGAAAGUGAGCGUAAGAGCAAUUUUGAUUGCAUUAGCAGGUAAUCUAUGGCUGGUGCUUCAUUUUCUGGCCAUUUAUAUUUCUCUGAACAUCAUGUCAUUGGAACGAGAAGACUAUGUUGUUACCGAAAAGCUGAGUCUGCAGAUAUAUGUUGUUGGAGCGGUGAAGGGAAGUUUAUUUUUUUGUGGUCUGGCUCAUUAUCUAGGGAGAAAAAAUUCAAUUAGCUCUACUGGAUUACCGUUAGCAGUUGGAUAUUUACUAUCGUUCACUGAAAAUAUUGGAGUUUUCUGUUGUGGAAGAUUUUUAAUAGGAUUCUCAUGGGGAGGAACUUUGGCCGUUCUACCCAUAUAUUUCGGGGAAAUAGCUACGAAAUCGUCCAGAGGAAUAAUGUUAUCAACAAUAGUAGUCUCGUUUCAGAUUGGCGGAAUCUUAAGUAUGAAUAUAAAUCGAUUUGACAGUCGCAUAAUACUGAAAUGUGUGGUACCCGGACUAGCGGUACUAUUUUCGAUAUUUUUUUUCUUUUUUGGAAUGGAGACACCUCAUUACUACCUGCUCAAAAACGACAAAAUCAUUUCAAAAUCCGCUUUGGAAAAACUUCGCAACACAACACAAAACGAAAUUGAAAAAGAAUUCAAAGGGAUGCAAGGAGAUAUUAUUCAUACAGGAGAAGAAAAAGUGAUGGCUUGUUUCAAAGCAAACGGUUGGGUGAAAUCCGUCUUCGUUCUUUUGUGUCUCAAUUUCCUUCAAAGUCUUUCCGUGGUGAACUUCAUGAGAAUUCUAGCUACUGAAGUUUUCGACAGAGCUGGUUUCAAUAUAACUGUACCACAAAUGUUCAUGAUUGUGGAUGAAUUUAAUCUACAACAAGUCAAAUCCAAAGUAUAUCUCCAAUUUGACACAAAAUAUACUGGACACAACAAUGUCUCACUACGGAGACGAUGGCAAAUAGCGUUGAGACCAACUAAAAAAGCAAAGAAGUUCAGGAAGGAUGUGGAAGAACUCGAGAAACUUUGCACAGGUUAUUUGAGGUUUUCACGAGAAUCAGUUUCAACAGUGCGAGAGUUUUCAUUUUGUAAUAUUGUGUUUACACAAUGAAUCUCAUAUUGCCAAAUUCGAAAUGAAAUGGUGCAUCACUUAUUAUAUAUAACAUCAGUGAAUACCAAUAAAGAAACUUCAUUUGUU